CCUCCUCCCUCCUUCUUCUUACUCCUCCGGCGGCGUCUUCAUCCUCCUCCUCCUCAGCGGCUCCCCUUCAUCAUGGGCUUCGGCGACCUGAAAUCAGCCUCCGGCCUCGCAGUAUUGAAUGAGUUCCUGUCGGAUCGCAGCUACAUAGAGGGGUACGUCCCCUCUCAGGCCGAUGUGGCGGUCUUUGAGGCGAUCUCGUCCCCUCCCUCAGCUGACCUGUGUCAUGCCCUCCGCUGGUUCAACCACAUCAAGUCCUACCAGAACCAGAAGAACAGUCUUCCAGGUGUGAAGAAGCCUCUGGGUCAGUACGGCCCCGCAGGUGUGGCCGACACCACCUCUGGCUCUGCGUCAAAGGACGAGGACGAGGACGAAGACAUCGACCUGUUCGGGUCUGAUGAGGAGGAUGACGCAGAGGCAGCCAGGCUGAAGGAGCAGCGUUUGGCAGAAUACGCCGCCAAGAAGGCCAAGAAGCCCGCCCUCAUCGCCAAGUCUUCAAUCCUAUUAGACGUCAAGCCCUGGGACGACGAGACGGACAUGGCCAAGCUGGAGGAGUGUGUUCGCAGUAUUCAGAUGGACGGGCUGGUCUGGGGACAGUCCAAACUGGUCCCGGUGGGUUACGGCAUCAAGAAGCUGCAGAUCGGCUGCGUGGUCGAAGAUGACAAGGUGGGCACAGACCUCCUGGAGGAACAGAUCACGGCCUUUGAGGACUUCGUUCAGUCGAUGGAUGUCGCUGCUUUCAACAAGAUCUGAAAACAACAAACAUCUCGUGAAUAAAAAGCACUUCAACAGAAAA